AUGUCGUGGAUCUACGGCAGCGCCGGAGGCACGUCGUUCUGGGACGAGCAGAUCAAGAAAGAGAAGCAGCUGAAGAAGACGUGGGCGAGCACGUACGGCGUCGAGUUGGCGAACGCGCCGAGGGAGCCGAGCGCGGAGGAGCGGGAGAAGGCUGAGCUCGAGGCGAAAGCGAUCGCCAAGGCGGAAGCGGAAGCCGCCGCGAAGGCGGACAGGGCGAAGCUGUGGAAGGUCACGCAGCCGGUGUGGAAGACGAAGUGCGGUCCCACGGGUGCGUCGACCGGCUCGAUCGUUUGA